UGGUUCCUUCCAGAUCUGCAAGUUUGUGUGUGUGUGUGCGUCUCAGGAUGUAUCACCAGCCGGUGCUGAAGAACAGGCGCACUCUCCUCGAGAGAGCCGAGAAGUUUAUCUCUGAUAUUUAUUUCACUGACUGCAAUCUGAGAGGACGACUUAAUGGAGACUCCUGCCCACUGCAAUCAAUCUCCUCCUUCCUGUCUGCCAAAAGAAUCACAUUCACUGAAGCCUGCAAACAGAACUUUGCACCUUAUAAAGUUGGUGAAACCUUUGGGCCGACGUGGUGGACAUGCUGGUUUAAGGUGACCCUCACAAUCCCCGAGUCCUGGAGAGGGAGAGAGGUGCAUUUUCUGUGGGAAAGUGAUGGGGAGGGGAUGGUUUGGAGAGAUGGGCAGCCAGUCCAGGGCCUAACGAAAGAGGGAGAAAAGACGAGCUACAUCUUGUCAGAAUGUCUGAAAGACGAGGAACCUCACAGUGUCACUCUUUAUGUGGAAAUGGCCUGCAAUGGCCUUUUUGGAGCUGGUCAGGGGUCGAUGAUUGCAGCUCCAGACCCAAACAGGAAGUUUUCUAUCCAGAAAGCUGAGCUGGUGAUAUUCAACCGGGAUGUAAGGCAGCUGCUGACUGAGUUUGAGAUGCUCGUUGACAUUGUUAAGGAACUUGGAGAAGGCGAGCAGCGAGGGUAUCAGGCACUCUUCACCGUCAAUGAGAUGGUAAACCUCUGUGACCCAAACGAUCCCAGCUCUUUCUCGGAAGCACGCCGCCUGGCGAGCAAGUUCUUCAACCAGCAGAACGGAGAGAGCCAGCACAUGGUCCACGCGAUGGGUCACUGCCACAUCGACUCAGCCUGGCUGUGGCCCUACGAAGAGACGAUUCGCAAAUGUGGCCGAAGUUGGGUGACGGUGGUCAAUUUAAUGGAUAAAAACCCAGAUUUCAUCUUUACGUGCUCUCAGGCUCAACAGUUCCAGUGGGUGAAGAGCUGGUACCCAGGACUUUUCUCCAAGAUUCAGCAUUACGUGAAGAAAGGCCGCUUCAUUCCAGUUGGAGGGACGUGGGUGGAAAUGGAUGGGAAUCUGCCCUCGGGAGAGUCCAUGGUCCGGCAGUUCUUGGAAGGGCAGCGGUUCUUCAACCAAGAAUUUGGGAUGUAUUGCAAAGAGUUUUGGCUCCCAGAUACGUUCGGUUACUCCGCGCAGCUUCCCCAGAUAAUGCAGGGCUGUGGCAUUUCCAAUUUUCUGACACAGAAGCUGAGCUGGAAUCUGGUCAACACCUUUCCUCACAACACAUUUUUCUGGGAGGGUCUGGACGGCUCCAAGGUCUUGACUCACUUCCCACCUGGAAAUUCCUACGAAAUGAAAGCUAAGAUUGAAGAACUGGUAAGAACUGUGAGGAAUAACAAAGACAAAGGCAGGGCCAACCACAGUGCGGCAUUGUUUGGCUAUGGAGAUGGUGGCGGUGGACCCACACAGCUGAUGCUUGACAGACUGCGCCUGGUUCAGGAUACAGAUGGACUUCCCAAGGUCCAGAUGUCCACCCCUGACAGACUUUUCUCCCAGCUCCGUGCGGAGUCGGCUCUGCUGUGCACUUGGAGUGGAGAGCUGUUCCUCGAGCUGCACAACGGCACUUAUACCACGCAGGCCCAGAUUAAACGAGAGAACCGGCAGUGUGAGACUCUGCUCCAUGAUGUCGAGGUAGCCAGCAGCUUGGCCCUGUGCCGAAACAGGACGUUUCUGUAUCCUCAGGAAAAACUGCAGCAGCUCUGGAGGCUGCUUCUUCUGAACCAGUUCCACGAUGUGAUCCCUGGCAGCUGCGUCGGGGUGGUCGUGGACGAUGCCCUCAAAUAUUACAAUGAUAUCCGUAGCGACGGUUCUGUCCUCCUGCGGGAGGCGUGCGAGGCUUUGGGGCCUAAGGGGAGCUCUGUCGGGGUCUUCAACUCUCUGCCAUGGGAGCGCCAUGAAGUCGUACAGAUUCAAGAUGGCACGGAUAAACCCGGUCUAGCCUUGGUGAGAGCUCCCAGUGUCGGUGCGUCUCCUGUCAUAGAUAUACAGCCGGUGACUGCAGUCUCCGUCACCCUUCAGGCCGACGGCACGGUCCUAAUGGAGAAUGGAAUAUUAAAGGCAGCCAUAAACAGAGACGGCACCUUGGCCUCACUGUGUUUGAUCGGUUCAAACAGAGAAACUAUCUCGGACGGCUGCGUGGGCAACCAGUUUGUCAUGUUUGACGACGUUCCUCUUUAUUGGGAUGCUUGGGAUGUGAUGGACUACCACCUGCAGACAAGGAAACCUGUGUCGGAGGUGGUGCAGCCAGCUCAUGUGGUGUCCUCGGGUGGGCUUCGGGGCAGCGUCGGCUUCACCCUCAGGAUAAGCGAUAAGAGCGUGGUCACGCAGGAGAUCGUCAUGGAUGCCAUGUGUCCUUACAUCAAGUUUGACACAAAGGUGGAGUGGGCGGAGUCGCACAAGUUCCUGAAGGUGGAGUUUCCCGUGCGAGUGCGCAGCCCCAAUGCCACGUAUGAGAUCCAGUUUGGGCAUCUGCAGAGACCCACGCACCGGAACACAUCGUGGGACUGGGCCAGAUUUGAGGUCUGGGGCCACAAAUGGGCCGACUUGUCAGAGCACAACUUCGGAGUCGCCCUUCUCAACGACAGCAAAUACGGUUAUUCUGUCCACGAGAACACAAUGACUUUGUCCCUGUUGAGAUCCCCGAAGGCCCCGGAUGCCACCGCCGACAUGGGAACUCAUCAGUUCACUUACGCAGUUAUGCCACACUCUAAAUCAUUCCAAGAAGCUUCGGUCAUCCAGUGUGCGUACAACCUCAACUUCCCUCUGAGGCUGAUCCAGUGCAGUCCCGACACCGUGCCCUGGAGUGCCUUCUCCGUCCCCGAGCCAGUCAUACUUGAGACAGUUAAACAGACUGAGGAAGGGAAGGGGAUGCUUGUACUACGUCUGUUUGAGUCACACGGGAGCAGCGUGACUGUGACUUUGCGUACCACUAUUCCAGUCAGAGAGGCAUGGCAUUGUGACCUCCUGGAGAGACGACAGUCCACCCAGCCAGCGCACGUCACGCCCGAGGGAAUCGCUCUCGACUUCACGCCCUUCCAAAUUGUCACACUUCUUCUCGUUCUGUGAGCAUAAGUGUCAAAACGAAACUUUGACGACUCUCAGGGAAUUGGCAGUUGAAACAGGAGGUGAUUACUUCAUUCAAUCAAUAAAAGACUUUUGUAAAAACUAUUUCUUUAUUCGAAAGUAUUUCCAAGUAUAAAAGUAUAAA